AUGCAUGCCAGGUGGUCGCGAAGGUGCUCAGAUGCCUCAGGCGCUCUAGCCACUCCACACCGCGGUUCAUGCAAAGCUGUUUGGCUCUGGUGCCCAAAUCGUAACCGCCGUCCCAGCCACAACUAUGGACUUCAUAUAUAUACUAUGAACUUAAAGUACUAGAAUCCGCUUGUCGAAAUCCUUCUUCUGGGCGCAGAAAAGUGGGGUGGUUCUUAAUACCUGGUGGUUCUUAAUACCCUCCUCCACCUGUAUGGUUCGUCACGUCCCGUCCUACUCCGCGUCGUGCGCUGGUCUCAGGAUUGACCACAGGUUAAAUCUGACAUUCGUUUGAAGGUAAACUCUAAAUGAAAGGCAGGCUCCAUCAGUCGUUAUGAGGAUAAUUGCACCCCACUUUCCUGCGCAACCGUCGUGCACGAUUUGUUUCACGGCAGCAACUGCUGCCAUCGCUUGUCCACUUUGCAACCCAGUGAAUGCCCUCCUGUCUUGUCUGGAAGUCCUGUCUUUCCUUAUAACCACAAAAGCUCUGUUGGGACUCAUAUAAAAUGAUGGUGCGCCCUCGCUUUCAUUCAUACCGGCCUAGCGCUCUUGAGGAGAGCCCCGAGUUGUCCCUACUCACAGCUAGUGGUCUGAACCGACUACACAAUCGUCGGUGGAGCCCUACCUGUCUUAGGCUGUCUCAGCGGUGGCACCUGUUGUGUCUCCAUCCAGUUAGCCUAAGUCCUUGUGUUUCUUAACGACUGGCCGGAGCGGUCUAAUGACCAAGGGAGGCGGAUUGGCCACAUUAGUGGCCGUGGCCUUGGCAUGGCUGCUGGUUUCACCGGCGUAUGCUUGCAUGGAUGACUGCUCUAACACGAAAUACAAUCCCGUAUGCUCCAAGGGGCAUACGUGGUUCAACUCCUGCUACAUGAAGUGCCAAUCUCCUGACGUCACCGUCUACGAGAAGUGCCCAUCUCCACCUGGACCGCCCCCAUCACCUGUUGCACCUGCCGUCCCAUCCUGCAACCCCUACACCUCCCGCUACAAGAACGUCUCCCGGUACAACCCCCGGGACUGCCGUACCUACACGCUGUACGACGUGGACGCGAUCUGCAUGCCCAACUGGAGGGCUGCGAAGGAGUACUGCAGCCGCCAGGGCUUUGAGCUGGCGCCCUGGGACAAGGACGCGUCCUUCGGUGUGCUUGCAUCGCUGUGCAAGGGCAGCCGGUUCACCUGCUGGGCUGGCGGCAGGGCGCCGGAGGACUUGUGCCCCGUCAUGAGCCAGGAGGGGGACAUGCACUUCCAGGGCUGCGACCAGCCCGUCAGAUUCGUGUGCAGAACCAAGGACGGAGAGUGCACGCCCUCACCCAGUCCGCCGUCGCCGCGGACUUCAUCACCCAAACCUCCCUCUCCCCGACCCCGUCCACCCUCGCCCUCCCCACCCUCUCCUAAACCGCCGUCGCCCCUGCCGCCGUCGCCCCUGCCGCCGUCGCCUUCCCCACCCUCUCCUAAGCCGCCGUCGCCCCGUCCACCCUCGCCUUCCCCACCCUCUCCUAAGCCGCCGUCACCUCUGCCGCCGUCGCCCCUGCCCCCGUCGCCUUCCCCGCCCUCUCCUGAGCCGCCGUCACCUCUGCCACCGUCACCCCUGCCGCCGUCGCCCCUGCCGCCGUCGCCUUCCCCGCCCUCUCCUGAGCCACCGUCACCCAAGCCCCCAUCACCCAAGCCACCAUCACCCAAGCCACCAUCACCCAAGCCACCAUCACCCAAGCCACCGUCACCCAAGCCGCCCACUCACCCUCGCUCACCUAAGCUACCCUCGCCCAAGCCCAAACCUCCUUCUUCCAAGCCCCCCUCACCCUCUCCUCCCUCUUCCAAGCCCCCUUCACCCUCUCCCCCUUCAGCUCGCCCGCCGUCACCCUCGCAUCGAUUCCCCCGUUCCCCUCGCCCGCCGCCGUCAAACCGACACGCCCCCCGGCCGGCAUCGCUCCUGCCUCCCUCGCCUCGGCCUCCUCUUCAUCCCCCCAUCCGUCAUCCCCCAUCGCCCUGGUCCGCGUCUGCACCCCCGCCCAGCCCCGCCUCUCGCUCCCCACGGGCGUCUCGUCGCCACCUCUUCCCACCGCCUGGUCCGCAGUCGAGCGCCAACGUGCUGUCGCUGUCCGCGGGCGGCUACCGGUACCGCAUGUACACCGCGGACGCCUCGAAGCGCAUGUCGUACGGCGGGGCGGAGGCGUUCUGCGGCGGGCUGGGCGAGGGCUGGGAGCUGGCGCCGUACAGCGAGGAUGCCAGCUUCGGCGCCCUGACGCAGCUCUGCGCCGCCAACCACUACACCUGCUGGUGCAGGCGCGAGCAGGAGGACACGCUGUGCCCGCUGAUUGACGCAAACGGGGUCCUGCAGAAGCAGGGAUGUGAGCAGGACGUGCGGUUUGUGUGCCGCGAGAAGAUGACGUAGACAUAGACGUGCGUGUAUGGGUGCUUACUCUAGCGCUACUUAUUUCUUACUUCUUACAUUUCGGUUGCCAGCUGUUAUACGUUAUUCAUCUAGCACGUCUUGCAUAUUAGGCUUCCAGACAUUCACUGCUUAGGUCAUUAUUUCACAAUGUUUCCCUCGUUAUUCAUCUGACGUUUUGCACAUGUUCCGUACUAUCUGACGAGCACUCCAACCUUCUUUGGCUGGGUUGUGUCAGGGUAGAGUUCGAAGUAAACUUUGCAAAGAAACCAGCCCUUACGCAUUGGUCCACCCCUGGUUCGUGGGUGAGUAAGCCUCUAUAUAUAAUUCUGUGUGUGCCACCUAUUAUUUGCUCACCCUUAAUUCUUGGGUGGAGACCUAAGAAUACUGUAUAUGCCACCUUCCUUAUUGUCCUCGGAGGCUAGCUGCGGUCGUUUCUAGGCGCAGAUGGGUUGUUCGGUCACGGCUGCAGCGUGUUUGCUUCCAUACAACACUUGCCUCAAGCCUACACGCCCACCUUAAUACUGUUCCCCCAUUUGUAUGUACGGUACGUGUAUGUACGGCGCUUGUGCCACCACGCUUUGUUAUUUACUG